UUUUGGUGGGUACAAAUGCUAAACAGUGUAAGUGAGAACUCUGUGCUCUGCCUAAAGCCAAUACAAGUUUCCAUGGACGUAAAAGACGCAUAGUCCGCGUGGCAAAUGUUCCCCGCACGUAGCAUAUCUGCUCCCUCUGUCCCCCGCACUUUCAUCAGCCGUUAAAACCGUUUAAUUCGUUACUAACAUGCAGCAACGUUAUUUUCCGAGCCAUCUUUAAACGCAUCAUGACCGUAAGACUUGCAAACAGUGGCAUCCGGUGGUUCACCGACGGGAGACGCUGCAGAGCGUUCUGCAUGAUCAGCAUCAUGUUCGUCUAACCAACCAAAGCCAGUAGGCAAUCAACAUUUAUUAUUUCAAAACCUAUACCACAAGGUUUCCGCUUGAAAUAAUUUGAGUGGGGCUCUGGGAACCAAACACUUCAUACUUUCUCACUGUGCAACCAUGAUGCAUGCAGGCGCCAUCAUGUAUGUUCUCCUGUUGAUCACACUCACUGGUGCUUCUGCAAGCAGCAUUUUUGGAGGCAAAGUUUCGAAGCCCCAUUCCAGACCCUACAUGGCGUCCCUUCAGUACCAAGGCAGUCAUAGAUGUGGUGGGAUACUUAUUCGGAAGGAUUUUGUUCUAACUGCGGCACACUGUCUACGUGAAGGUGACAUGACGGUGGUGCUGGGAGCACAUGACCUCAGCAAGGCAGAGAAAAGUCAGCAAAGGAUCAAAGUGGCAAAGUUCCUUAAGUAUCCACAAAACACUGGAAAUUUGGAUUUCGACAUCAUGCUGCUGAAGCUAGACAAUAAUGCCACAAUGAAUAAGUACGUGAAGCCCUUUGAACUGCCCAAGAAAGGCAAAAAAAUCUCUGACAAAGUUAGUUGUGUUGUUGCGGGCUGGGGGACUACUGGACCAAAUGAUACUAUUUCAAAUGUACUGAAAGAAGGGACUGAAACGACCCUGUCCAUCCCUAAAUGUAAAAAUAUUUGGAAAGAAGACUUCAAUUCAGAACAUAUGAUUUGCACCACGUUUACCAAGAAGAAAGGAGGAAUAUGCCAGGGUGAUUCUGGUGGACCUCUAAUUUGCAAAAAUAAGAUUCAGGGCAUAACUUCUUACACUGACAAAAAAUGUGACAAUCCAGUAUAUCCUCAUGUCUUCAUGAAGGUUGAUUUUUUUCUUCCCUGGAUCGACAAGAUGUUGCAUACUAAUUACUAAUGCUGAGCAUGGUUUCUUUUCGUCCUUGUGAAAUAUUAAGGUAUACUAUUAUUGAAGUGUCAAAAAAUAGCAUGAGGAUUCUUUGCGCUGAAAUGCAACUGCAUGUAUUUUUAAUAUCUGCAAUAAAAAU